AUGAAAACUAAAAAGAUAAAUUGUUUUGAUGUUGAAGCAUGUGAUAAUGCUUUAUUUGAUUGUGAAUAAAUAAUAAAAUCCAAAUCAAAGUCAAAGACAAAGUCAAACACGGAAUUUACCCCUUUAGAAGUUCAGUACUAGGAUAUUAAAAAGGAUUAUCCACAUGAUCUUGUUUUACUUUAAAAGGGCAAUUUUUUUUUGGCAUAUUAAGAAGAUGCUCAUUUUAUUAGGAAUUACAUUGAUUUAUAAUGGAAAAUUCCAAAUUAUUAAGUUGGAUUGAAUGAAGCAUCUGUUAUAGAACAUGUUCAUACACUAAUAAUGUAGACAGAUAAAAAAGUUGUUUAUUGUGAAUAAUCUGUUUUUUAAAUGACUUCUAACUAAUUGCGUGAUCGUUUUAUUACUGGAAUCUAUAGCAAAGGACUUAUAGGUUUUGGAAUAUUAGGAGAGUUCAUAGAAAAUAUUGAUACUAAUUAUUUAGUUUCACUUUACAAGAAUGAAGCAAUAGUAUUAGACACCAUAAGUAAAGUAGCUUAUAAAACUAGUGGUGAAAAUUUAAAUUUGAUUAAGAUUACUGAAAUAAUUACUAAUGAAAAAAUAAAAACCUUAGCUAUAAAAAAUGCUGCAAAAGGAAACAAUGCUUUUGAGUAGCUUGAAAUGUUCUUUAAAGAAAGGUUUAUAGAUGGAAUAUCAUAGAUUACUUUUAUUGAUAAUUUUCCAUUACUUUAAAAAUUCUGUUCAAUAUCUGAUAAUUCAAUAAAAUAAUUAUUCUUUAGGCCAUUAAUUUAACCAGUAACUAAGGAAGGAUGUAGAAAACUAUAGAUGACUCUAAGAAAAAUUCCAAUUGAUGGUAUAUAGGACAAAUAAUUAGCUUAACAAGAUAUGAGAAAUCACUCUGAAUGUAGAGACAGUUUCUUAGCUGAAAUAAAAAGAAUUGGAUCUUUGUAACAUUAAAUGGCUAGAGUAUUUAAUGCUCCAAAAGAUUGUUUUAUCUUAAAAUAAUUCUUAAAUAAUAUUAAAUAUAUUCUAGUGUAAUUAAAACAGAAGAUUUAUAUUAAUAAAUAAAAUUAUCAAAGCGAAUAAUUAAAAAAUUUAAAAGAAUUAAAUGAUGUGAUUUUACAAAAAAUAUGUUCUUAAUUUUUAUGGGAAGGUGAUAAUCUUGAUGUUUUAGUUCCUUAAAAUGAAGGAAGAAGUCAAUACAAUAAGAUAUUAGAUGAUUUAGAAUAAACAGAAGAAGAAGCUAAUGAUGAAUAUCUAAAAAUAAAAAGUUAAUUUUAUUAAAAUGAUCCUAAUAUUACUUAUUAAAAAUUUGAAAUUGAGAUGCCAGAAAAUUAUAAAACACCUUCUUUUUUAUUGUUUUCAAAUUAAAGAAAAGGAUACAGAAAAUAUACUACUUAAUUUUUUCAAAAGAAAUAACAAUAACACAUAAAACUUUUAGAUUAGUUGAAAAAGUUUAUUCAUUUAUUCUAUUAACAAGUUAUUGAAAAUAUAAUCUAAAAUAAGGAGUAUUUUUAAGAAAUAAUAAAUUAAAUAAGUGAUUUAGAUGUUUUGAUAGCAAUGUCAAAAUAUUUAGAAAAUAUAUAACACAAAUGUCUUCCAAAUUAAUCAGAUUAAAAUCAAUUAGUUUUAUAAGAUUUUUGUCAUCCAUUAAUUUAAAACUGUAAACCUAAUAGUCUUUCAAUUGAUAAAUGUAUUAUUCUUACAGGUUAUAAUGGAGCAGGAAAAUCAACUAUUCUAAGAUCUAUAGGAUUACUUGUGAUUUUAGCUAUGCUAGGAUGUUAUGUUCCGUGUUCAUAUAUGAAAUUUAAAACCUUUAAUGAAAUACAUUGUCGCAUGGGUGCUUAUGAUACAAUAAGAGAAAGUACAUUUUAUGUAGAAUUACAAGAAGUAAGAAGAAUGAUUGAUACAUCAAAUAGUUUAUUAUUAAUUGACGAAUUAGGAAGAGGAACAAGUUCAAUUGAUGGUCAUGCUAUAGCUUAUUCAAUUUUAAAAUAUCUACUCAAAUAAAACAGCAUGAUUUUAUUCAUUACUCAUUUUGAUAUAACAUUAGAUUAAGUAGUGUAUUAUAUGGAUAAUUAUGAAUUGUAGAAAGGACAGAUUAUUAAAGAACUUACAUCUAAAAUAUUAAUAUGA